AUGGGUAAUUCGAUUAGUAACGAGCAUCAACACAUUGAUAAAAAGGCACUGAAACCAAGACGACAAAGCAAUCGCUCGACAUUCUCGAAUCGCUUCAGUUCAGCAUGUUCUGUUUCUUCAGCCCACAACAACAACAACAACAAAGAAUGGUCGAUAUCCGAAUCUCAACAUGAAAGAAAAGAAUCACACUCUAGCAACACACAUCAUGGCAUUCUCAGUCGAUUAAAGAACAAGAGCAAUCAUCAUCGCAAGUCGAACGAUAACGCCUCGCACAAGAAGCCUCCCAUCUUGGACAUCUUUACGAAAGCAGACGAUGCGAUGAGAUCAAGCAGCAGCAGCACUGACUCCAAUCUGAUGUAUUCAUCGCCGCAAUCUAUGCAGAAAGAGUUUCCCAUCAUUGAUAAAUAUACAGAUAGUCAAAUGACUCUGCUUGAGCAUCAUCAUCAGCAACAACUACAACAGCAACUACAAAAUCCGCAGGCCGGAUACUACGAUAAUCAAUCCAUGUCAAGCAUCAAUUCCAUGUCUACAGCAAGAACUACAAACGAUACAACUUCACCAUCGACGACUUUUCAGCAACCCUAUUCCAGUGAACUCAUGCUGAAAGAACUGUACAUGUUAAGUGAAACAAGUCCUGAAAGAAGAAGAGAUCGUGACAGACGCCAUAGACAGCACUACUUGCUCAAGCGUACCUGGGGAGGAAAUUAUCAGAUACCACUAGAAAAUCCUUCACUCAUCAUUGAUUGGUGCUGUGCCACAGCGGUUUGGGAUAUAGAAUUAGCCUUUGAGUUCCCCAAUGCAAAGGUGGUUGGCAUCGAUUAUGAAUCUGUCACAGUAGCAAGCCUCACAAACACUGUCAAGAACUUUUCUUUCCACAAUGCCAUGAUUCAUCAAGGCGAAACUGGGCUGAAGGAAUUUGGUGAUAACCAGGUGGACUAUAUCAUGAUGAGAGAUGUCUGGCUUGUGAAUGCGCCUGCUUGCAAAUGGACACAUUUAUUGAAAGAGAUAUAUCGCAUCCUGAAACCGGGCGGCUACAUUGAAAUCUAUGAACAAGAUACAAACUUCCAGUCAAUGGGACCUAAUUUAACUCUUAUGGAACAAUGGUCUGAUCGGUUUUAUGAAGCAAUUAAAGUUGAUCGUAACACGAAUAGCGAAUUAGGCUCAUACUUGACAAAUGCUGGUUAUACCAAUGUGAAGGAAAAGUCAAUUAAGCUGCCCAUUGGCGAAUGGCCGAAUUCCAAAGAAAUGAAGGAAACAGGUUAUCUUCAAAAAGACAUAACAGAACGCAGAUUUAGAGAAUCUAAGCGCUGGUACUGUAAAUUCAACAACUUGACAGAGAGAGAAUACACAAAAACAUUGAUUCAGGCCAUUGAUGAAUGCGACGACUACAAGACUACAGUUCGUAGCUUUUACUUUAGUGCGCAGAAACCUACCUUAUAG